UUGGGACAUUCCUUUAUUUUCGCCCUGUAAAAUCUCACACCUGUAUCAGAAGUAUCCGCAAUCCUCUGGCCUCCUCAAAACCCCAUAAACCCGUCCGAUCUUCUAUCUUCCAUCUCCCGCUUCCACACAUCUACUCAGCUCGUCCCAUUCACAACAAAAAUGGCCUCUCCACCAAUCCCUACCUUCCAGAACGGCAGGUCCAUCUGUCUCGCAACUUCUACCGCAACUCUUGUAGAACCCACAGAACGUACGCCUCUUCUCAAGGAGGUUCAAAAUGGUACUGGCAAGCCUGUAUCCCCCCCUCAGUAUGACCACGAAGAAGAAGGGACAGAAGGCAAGGAGGUUGAGCUUCUCGUUCCCGGCAAAUCUAAUUUCUCCCAGACUCUGUUGAAUGUCCUCGGCGACUUGAUUGGGACAGGUCUUCUUGCUUGCCCUAUUGCUAUCGCUCAUGCUGGCUGGGUCCUUGGUCCCUUGCUUCUAUGCCUCGUCUCUGGGAUCACUUUGUGGACUCUUAAGAUUCUUAUUAGGAUUAUCGAAAAGGACCGCAGCAUGCGAAACUUUGCAGACGUCGCAAGAUACAGUCUAGGUGCCCGAGCCGAAAAAUGGACUACUGCCAUGUUCGUCUCCGAUUGCUGCAUCUGGAUUAUCGCCCUCAUCGUACUUUUCUCCGACUCCUUCGAAGUGGUCUUGCCCAUGUUCACCAGUAAUCAAUGGAAAGUCAUUGGUCUUGUCGUUAUCGUCCCACUGAACUUUAUCCCUCUUCGCUUCCUUGCUUGGACUUCUGCCCUGGGUAUUACGUCCACUUGGACCCUUGUUGCCAUCCUCAUUUUCACCGGUUUGGCCACGCCAACUUCCCCUGGGUCAGUAUUGGACCCAGCUCCCACUGAUCUCUGGCCUGCACAUGGUCUCGUCAAGCUCGGUCUUUCUUUCGGAUUGCUCAUCUCUGGUUUUGGCGGCCAUUUCCUCGUUCCCAACUUGAUUAGGGACAUGAAGCAUCCCGAGCAGGCCGAAAGGGUCUGUGAAGUUGGAUAUGGUAUCUGUAUCAUUGUCUACGCGUUGGUCAGUGUGUUCGGUUAUUUGAUGUUUGGCAGGGACGUCUCCGAUGAGAUAAGCCGAGAUCUUGCGAAGACCUCAGCCUUUUCCCCUCUCAUGGCUCAAAUUGCCGUCUGGAUGGUCGCUAUCAACCCUCUUACCAAACUUCCUCUCGGACUUCGACCUCUCACCGACAUCGUCUACUCUGCCCUGCGGCUUCAAUCCACUACCUUCGUUCCCAAGAUUCACGUGUCCUACGCUGAAUCCAGUGAACCCGAUGAGGAAGACGACGAGCUUUGCUCUCCUAUCACCUCUAACGCCCCGACCGUGUUAUCCUCCUUCUCUGCCUCUACUAUCUCUGCCGCUACAUCUAUCACCCUGGAAGACGAACACUACACCCAUGCUUUAUCCAAUGCUCAGCGCCGGCAUGACCGACGAGAACAACUCAAAGCUAUUUUCCGUGCGCUCAUCACCAUUGUGCUCCUUGGCGUUUUCGUUCUUGGUGCCCUUGCGUUCCCAUCGUUCGAGACGCUCAUGAGCAUUAUGGGCGGCGGAAUGAGUAUCAUCACUUGCAUUCUUAUCCCUAUUGCAGCGGGCGCCAACAUCUGGGGAUGGCGAUGGUACUCAAUACUACUUUUUGGCCUGUCGGCCGUGGUUUGUGUUAUUGGUGUCGUCUGUGCGUGUUUGAACAAUGGAGAUGCUUGAGUGUUUUUUGUUUUUUAUUUAUUUUUUGGUAUACAUGUGUGGUCAAAAGGGGACCAAAUCAAGCCCCACUGGGUAGUCGUCCUGCAGCAUUAGAGUGAUAGAGAAGCAUCAAGCAUUUGUACAUUACAAUUUCAUUUCUUUCAUCAUUCAUCAUCUGUUUUCAUAGUUUCCUUCAUUUUUGGUCGCCAAAUGGUGACACACGGUCCCUUCUUGUUGUAGUGAUAAAUAGGAUCACAUGAAGCAACUAAAAAUCAUGCAUGUCCCAG